AUGGCCCCAGUGCAGCUGGAGAACCACCAGCUGAUCCCUCCUGGCGGCGGCGGUGGCGGCGGCGGCGGCGGCGGCGGCGGUGGCGGCGGCGGCAGCGGCUCUGCGUCCGCCCCGGUUCCCCUGCCUCCGGGAGCCGCCGUGGCGGCGGCAGCGGCCGCCGCAGCCAGCCCUGGUUACCGGCUUAGCACGCUCAUCGAAUUUCUGCUGCACCGGGCCUACUCGGAGCUUAUGGUAUUGACGGACCUAUUGCCAAGGAAAUCUGAUGUGGAAAGGAAAAUAGAAAUUGUACAGUUUGCUAGCCGCACACGCCAACUCUUUGUUCGAUUAUUGGCUUUAGUAAAAUGGGCGAACGAUGCUGGCAAAGUAGAAAAAUGUGCGAUGAUCUCAAGCUUUUUGGAUCAGCAAGCCAUCUUAUUUGUGGACACUGCCGAUCGCCUGGCCUCCUUAGCUAGAGAUGCCCUGGUCCAUGCACGCCUGCCUAGCUUUGCUAUCCCAUAUGCCAUUGAUGUACUGACUACUGGCUCUUAUCCACGUCUUCCAACCUGCAUCCGAGAUAAAAUUAUUCCUCCAGAUCCAAUUACCAAAAUCGAGAAACAAGCUACACUUCAUCAGCUUAAUCAGAUUCUUAGACAUAGGCUUGUAACGACAGAUCUUCCUCCACAGCUAGCAAAUCUUACAGUGGUAAAUGGCCGUGUGAAGUUUCGAGUUGAAGGAGAAUUUGAAGCAACCUUGACAGUGAUGGGCGAUGACCCAGAAGUUCCGUGGCGCCUUCUCAAGCUAGAAAUUUUAGUUGAGGAUAAGGAAACAGGAGAUGGGCGAGCUUUGGUUCAUAGCAUACAGAUCGACUUUAUCCAUCAACUGGUGCAGUCUAGGCUCUUUGCUGAUGAGAAACCUCUUCAGGACAUGUACAACUGCCUACAUUGUUUCUGCUUAUCCCUUCAAUUAGAAGUGUUGCAUUCCCAGACUCUAAUGUUAAUCCGAGAGAGGUGGGGAGAUCUUGUACAGGUGGAAAGAUACCAUGCUGGAAAGUGCCUCUCUCUUUCAGUUUGGAAUCAACAGGUUCUAGGGAGAAAAACGGGCACAGCAUCGGUUCACAAAGUUACAAUUAAAAUCGAUGAGAACGAUGUCUCCAAGCCUUUACAGAUCUUUCAUGAUCCUCCUUUGCCAGCUUCUGAUUCUAAAUUAGUAGAAAGAGCCAUGAAGAUUGACCACUUAUCAAUAGAAAAGCUCCUGAUUGACAGUGUACAUGCAAGAGCCAACCAGAAGCUGCAGGAACUGAAGGCCAUUCUUAGAAGCUUCAAUGCUAAUGAAAACUCUUCCAUAGAAACUGCACUUCCAGCUCUUGUUGUUCCCAUCUUGGAGCCCUGUGGUAAUUCAGAGUGCCUGCACAUUUUUGUAGAUUUGCAUUCUGGGAUGUUCCAAUUGAUGCUUUAUGGACUUGACCAGGCCACUCUGGAGGACAUGGAAAAAUGUGUGAAUGAUGACAUGAAGCGGAUCAUCCCGUGGAUUCAGCAACUUAAGUUUUGGCUUGGACAACAGCGUUGCAAACAAUCUAUAAAACAUCUGCCUACAAUAACCACUGAAACAUUGCAGCUUUCCAACUAUUCAACGCAUCCCAUUGGAAACCUUUCUAAGAAUAAGCUGUUUAUUAAACUCACCCGUCUUCCACAAUACUACAUUGUGGUGGAAAUGCUUGAGGUCCCCAACAAGCCUACACAGCUAUCGUACAAGUAUUACUUCAUGUCUGUGAGUGCUGCAGACCGUGAGGACAGCCCUGUCAUGGCACUACUGCUACAGCAAUUCAAGGACAAUAUCCAGGACUUGAUUUCCUAUACAAAAACUGGCAAACAGAACAGAACUGGUACCAAGCACAAGUUGUCUGAUGACCCAUGUCCGGUAGAAUGCAAGAAAGCCAAACGAUUAGGAGAAAUGUGUGCCUUCAAUAAAGUUCUAGCUCACUUUGUUGCUAUGUGUGACACCAACAUGCCAUUUGUAGGACUUCGAUUGGAGUUGUCCAACCUGGAGAUUCCACAUCAGGGAGUGCAAGUGGAAGGUGAUGGCUUCAGCCAUGCAAUUCGCUUAUUAAAAAUUCCUCCCUGUAAGGGAAUAAGCGAGGAAACCCAAAAGGCCCUGGACCGCUCUCUUCUUGAUUGCACUUUCCGAUUACAAGGUAGAAAUAACCGCACGUGGGUGGCAGAGUUAGUGUUUGCAAAUUGUCCACUUAAUGGCACUUCAACCAGGGAGCAAGGACCUUCCCGACAUGUUUACUUGACAUAUGAAAAUCUGUUGUCUGAACCUGUUGGUGGUAGAAAAGUAGUUGAAAUGUUUCUUAAUGACUGGAGUAGCAUUGCCCGAUUAUAUGAGUGUGUGUUGGAAUUUGCACGUUCUCUACCAGAUAUACCUGCUCAUCUGAAUAUUUUCUCAGAAGUUCGUGUCUAUAAUUACCGAAAACUUAUCUUGUGUUAUGGAACCACCAAAGGAAGUUCAAUUAGUAUCCAGUGGAAUUCCAUUCAUCAGAAAUUUCACAUUUCUUUGGGGACAGUUGGCCCAAACUCAGGUUGCAGUAACUGUCACAAUACCAUUCUCCAUCAACUUCAAGAAAUGUUUAACAAAACACCAAAUGUGGUUCAGUUAUUACAGGUUUUGUUUGAUACUCAGUCACCGUUAAAUGCCAUCAACAAACUCCCUACUGUGCCAAUGUUGGGCUUGACCCAGAGAACGAACACCGCCUACCAGUGCUUCUCCAUACUUCCGCAGUCGUCCACCCACAUCAGACUGGCCUUCAGGAACAUGUACUGCAUUGACAUAUACUGCCGGAGCCGAGGCGUUGUGGCGAUACGGGACGGGGCCUAUAGUCUUUUUGAUAACAGCAAGUUAGUGGAAGGCUUUUAUCCUGCACCAGGAUUAAAGACUUUCCUGAACAUGUUUGUGGACAGCAAUCAAGAUGCUCGGAGAAGAUCUGUAAAUGAGGAUGAUAACCCCCCUUCUCCCAUAGGAGGCGAUAUGAUGGACUCUUUAAUAUCACAGCUCCAGCCACCUCAGCAACAGCCAUUUCCAAAGCAGCCAGGGACAUCGGGCGCUUACCCUCUUACUUCACCCCCUGCGUCCUAUCACAGCACAGUUAAUCAGUCCCCUUCUGUGAUGCACACACAGUCGCCAGGAAAUCUGCAUGCCGCCAGCUCCCCCAGUGGGGCUUUGAGAGCCCCAUCACCGGCGUCAUUUGUUCCAACUCCUCCCCCAUCCUCGCAUGGAAUCUCAAUAGGACCAGGGGCCAGUUUUGCUAGUCCACAUGGAACCCUUGACCCUAGUUCUCCGUACACUAUGGUGUCACCAAGUGGACGAGCAGGAAACUGGCCUGGGUCUCCUCAAGUGUCUGGACCCUCACCAGCAACCCGUUUGCCUGGAAUGUCACCAGCCAACCCAUCUCUCCAUUCUCCUGUUCCAGAUGCUUCUCAUUCCCCUAGAGCUGGCACAAGUUCCCAGACAAUGCCAACCAACAUGCCUCCACCUCGAAAACUACCUCAGCGCUCCUGGGCAGCAUCCAUCCCCACCAUCCUCACUCACAGUGCCUUGAACAUCUUACUGCUGCCCUCUCCAACGCCAGGCCUUGUGCCUGGCCUGGCAGGUAGUUACCUUUGUUCCCCACUUGAGAGAUUCCUUGGAUCUGUCAUCAUGAGGCGACACCUUCAACGAAUUAUCCAACAGGAAACGUUGCAGCUGAUCAAUUCGAAUGAACCUGGCGUAAUCAUGUUCAAGACAGAUGCCCUGAAAUGCAGAGUAGCUCUUAGUCCCAAAACCAACCAGACCCUUCAGCUAAAAGUGACACCUGAAAAUGCAGGACAGUGGAAACCUGAUGAGCUUCAAGUUUUGGAGAAAUUCUUCGAAACAAGAGUUGCAGGACCACCAUUUAAAGCCAACACGCUCAUAGCCUUCACCAAGCUGUUGGGAGCUCCAACACACAUCCUCCGUGACUGUGUGCAUAUUAUGAAGUUGGAAUUGUUCCCAGACCAAGCAACACAGCUAAAAUGGAACGUUCAGUUUUGCCUCACCAUCCCCCCCAGCGCACCACCAAUUGCACCUCCUGGGACACCAGCUGUGGUGUUGAAAUCUAAAAUGCUAUUUUUUCUUCAACUGACUCAGAAAACAUCAGUCCCUCCCCAAGAACCUGUUAGUAUAAUAGUUCCAAUCAUUUAUGACAUGGCUUCAGGCACCACGCAGCAGGCAGACAUUCCCAGACAGCAGAACUCUUCUGUUGCUGCGCCCAUGAUGGUCAGCAACAUUCUGAAGAGGUUUGCAGAGAUGAACCCGCCGCGACAAGGUGAAUGCACAAUAUUUGCAGCUGUUCGUGAUUUAAUGGCUAAUCUUACACUGCCCCCUGGUGGGCGUCCAUAGACACUAUUGUUUUUAAACCAGGAAAGCUGACAAAUGAAACAAACAACACACACACACAAAAAGGCUGAAUCCAGCCAUCACUUUUAAAAAGGAAAAGGACUUUUUUUUUUUUUUAAUUUUAAUCUUAAGAGCUAAAUAUUCUAAUCUGGGAAAAAUUUUCAGGGUGCACUUCUUUCAUCAAAAAGACCAUCAAUCUUUUGUAUAGUGAACUUGUAUAGUAUGUUUAAAAUGCGACACAUUUCAAAGUAGGUAACAGAUCAGUCUCCAUUUGCCGGUCAUAGACUUACUAUUCUGUUUUAUACUAUAAAGUAAUGAAAAUGCCAAAAUUGUUUAUUUAAUUGUUUUCUUAUGUUUUGGGUGUAAUAGUCUUUUUUAUUUUUUAUUUUUAUUUUUUUUUUAAGGCAGGCCUGUCAUUUUUGAAUACUGUAAAACUGUGACAAACUUUAUAUUGAAGCUGUAUUUUAAUAUGACUGCUUUGAAUCCUUACACAGAAAUGUUUUGGGAGCUGUUAAACAUAUCCCAAAAAAAAGCAAUAAAACUAGGAUAUAAAAGCUACACUCACUUGUGUGUGUAUAAGCCCUCUAAGAGUUCUUAGGGCCUCCCUUCAUCUUAACCUGGUGGGGCCAGUCAGUUUUUUAAUUACAUAUGUCUGAAAAUUGACCAAAAACAUUUCUGUUUUAAGGUUAAGGUAGUUUCUUCAGACAUUCCUAAUAUGACUGGUGAUAGCAUUUAGCACCUCAGUUGUUUUUUAGUAUAGGAUCUGGGAAGAACUUUGUCUUUUGAAAAAGAGACAGUGAUAUAUAAUGAUCAAGGAUUCCAAAUAAUGCAAUUAUGCUCAUAUGUGAGGAAAUGGGAACUUGUUUUUGCUAGGAAAAUGUCAUUUAAAGGAUACUUCUGCACACAGCAUUAACUAGGAAACAAAAAAUUUGAAUGCUCUAGCUUGCAUGAAGUUUUGGUGACAUUUCUUUAUCUUAUUUUUUACGUCUUGCCUUCCCCAGCAUAAAUUGGGCUUGUUCUAAACAAUCUCAAUUUAAUCAUUGUCAGCAAAACAGUAGGAUGUUUUGCUUGACUAAUCCUCUCAUUUGAGAAGUCCCACAGUGCAGGGUCUGGCCAGAGUCCAGUGGUAUUUCUGGCACUGGUACCUCUCCAUAGGAUUUCUUUCUAGAGUACGGCACUGUCUCUUGCAGCCAGUCAGGGACUGUUCAAGCUUUUUAAAUAUAAUCUGGCUCAAAUGUCUUCUGAUGACUUGAUGUUAUCUGGAGCAGUCUUUUUGUUUUGUUUUGUUUUGUGUGUGUUUUUUUUUAAAUGAUAAUAAUGUUGAGCUAUUUAGACAAUGUAAUAAUGGUUCUCGAAAUUUUAGAUGUUUGAUUCCAUUUUAAGAUGAUUAAUUGAGCUUCUAUACCUAUAACCACCAGACUCUGUUUGAUUCCAUUUUAAGAUGACUAAUUGAGCUUCUAUAACUAUAACCACCAGACUCUGGUUGUAAGCAUCUUACUGCAACUAUAUCACCUGUUCUCAACUUUCCUUUAGUUUCCCUUUCCAGUCAGAGUUGAGGCCUUCCUUGUCUUCUGUGUCUCAUUUCUGCCUUCAUCUCCUGCUUUUUCACCCAACUCUGCCACUAUUCCAGAGUAGGUGACUAAACUUUUAUUCUUCCUUAGCUUAACCUUUUUCUUCUUCUGUUUUCAGUCCUCUUCACAGUGGUAAUCACAUGGGUUUGGCAAUCUAAGAUGUCUUGGGUCAGGAGUCAGCCCUUUUCUAUUUGGAGCUGAAUCCUUAUCUUUCAUGUAGAAAUCUACAUGUAUAUACAAGAAAUGUAUUUUUAUCUGCAGGAUGAUAUUGUUUCAAAUAAUUUUAUUAAUAGAAUUAACUUUUCAGGUAUUUUCUCUUUUAAGUGUGUUUUUGAAAUGUUAAUUGCAUUUUUAUACAUGAUGCAUUCAAUGGCUUUUUCCUAAUUAUUACUCACCUUUGAAUGCAUUGUGUAAAUCAAGUAAGAUAGGAUUCAAUGAAAGGAAUUUGAUUUUGAUGCUUAUUAAGAGUAAACCAAUGAAUUUGAAUUUUAUAUCAUGCUUGGUACUUGGAAUUGAUAUAUACUUUAUUAAAGCUUGGAAAUAUUUAGCAUUUGAAUCGUAACUUUCAUCACAAAUCAUGUCAUUUGCCUCUUUUGUUAACCAGGUUCAAUCAAAGAAACUGGAUGCCAUAGUGAUUUUUCUCUAGUAGGUGAUUUGGAACUUGAUUUUAAGGUGUUUUCAAUGUGAUUUUAGUAUUUACAGUAAUAAAUAAAAUUUAUACAAGUUUCAGAGAA